AUAGUAGUAAAAACAGUAAAGUAUUACCAGAUAAUAAAUCUUAAUAACUAUAAUAACUCAGAAAUUAAGCGCGCAGUUUUAGACAGAACUAUGGUUUUUUAUAAUCGGAUAUUAGUAACUUUUAAUAACUUUCUCAAGCUAUAUCCAGAGGUAUUCUGGUUACUUAAUAUUUGUUUUUAUAAGAGAUUUAUAAAAUUUGUAAGUAAGAAUAUACCAGGCCGACUAGAAAUAUAUUUUAUUUUUAAAAAUAGUAGAAUUUUUUUGUUGCUAAUUUAA